AUGAUGAUCGUGGCGGACCGCAGGGACAGGCUCACCAGGGCGCAGGAGGCGGGAGACGCCACCGUGCCCGAGCGCGGGCAGAGCUCCUUGCCCGGCCCGUCGUUCCAGGACCUCGCGGAGGACAUCACCGAUAGCUCGGGCGUGCUGGUCGACUACAUACUGCGCUACAGGGCCAGGUUGGCGAAGCAGGCGAGGGAGGCGAACAAGCUGGGGACGCGGCACGAGGUGGAGGAGCUCGGUAAGUUCCUCAGCGCGCUGUCGCUGAAGUAUUGGGAGGGCUUCGAAUAUGCUGGCCAGCACAUCUCGAUCGAGAAGCUGACGACGGACAUCAUGACCGCGGUGACGAACGAGGCCAAGCGUGAUGGGAUCUGGAAGACCAUGAGCGCCAAAGCAGGAGGAACCAGCUCCUCGUUCGCCGUAAUGCGCGCAAGGGCCCUCCAGAUUCGCGCGUGGAAGAGAGAGGAAGCGUGCCUGCGGGCAGAGGUAGAUAAUUUCAUCCUGCGGUACAAGCUGCUGCACAACAAGGUGCUGGUGCAGAUGCCAGAAGACAUGUGGGAGAGGAAGGCGCGCCUGGAUGACUUUUUCGCUGAUUUCCACGGCAAGAAAGAGACGCCGCUGGACCCUGUGACGCUUGCCCAGGCCUUGGGCGUGCAGCCAUGGGGCGACACCGCGAGAAGUGCUCUAUCCACCCCUGGCGACGAGCGCAGAUUUACUGAAUCAAACGCGCAGGGUUUAUCUAAGUCGGGUCGUGCUUCCAUGGGCGCCGCGUGCUUCCGCUUGACGGAUGGGGCUGGCAAGGACGGCGAGGAGGUGCGUCCUAAGAGCGAGCAGCUCCCUAGGCGGCUGGACUCUCUACACACCGUGCGGUCGAGGCAGCUAAUUCAGGACUGCCGAGCAUCGCCGCUCAUGCGCAGCAAGCGGAUCACGCAGUCGAGUUCGCUGCCGAACUUGCUCGGCAGGGGCAGCAGGUGUGAGACCUCGAAGAUCCUUGCUGGAAAACCCUGGCCCUGGGAGAAAAGCGCCACCAUCGGACCCGCCAGCGCCUUCGCUAGCAGGGCCUCGGAGAGGGACGCGGGGCCCACCAGUGUCGCUCCGAGGACCUUCAUCAGCAAGCCCCGGGAUUGGAGCGCAGGUUCCCCCAGAGCCAAGGGUGACUCGGCCAAGCUGCCGACGCUGAAGGGCCACCAGAGGCGCUACCUUCAGGAGUGCGACACCAUCCAGUGCGUUCCCAUCCCUCUGGCCUUCGUCACCGGCCACUCGAAGAAGUUCGAGGCGAACGGGCGGGAUCUGGUUGACCAGGAGCUGGUGGCCAUGGCGGGGAUGCUGAACGACGCAGCCGUCAUCGAGGUGACCGACCUGAGCUCCAAUUCGCUGCUCUCCGACGCUGGCCUCGUGCCGUUCCUGCAGCAGCUGUCGCGCGGGCCUGCGGUGCAGACCCUGCAGCAGCUGCUGCUCUCGAACUGCCUCAGGGCCGGCACGCGCACCAUGGACAGCAUCAUGCAGCUGCUCGGCACGGCCAGCAAUCUGCUCGUGCUGGACCUCAGCCACAUCCCGCUGAACUCGCGGCUGCAGGCGCAGCUCUGCAAAGCCAUCGGGAAGCACACUCUCCUCGAGACGAUCAGUCUGGCAGACACAGGCAUGAACUCGACGUAUGUGGCGAAGCAGUGCAUUCGCGAGCUGCUCGGCAGCACGAGCAUCACGGCAUUGGACCUGAGCUGGAAUUGCUUCAGCUCGGAAACAUUCCUCUGCCUGGGCGAGGCUCUUACGACGAGCUGCCGCAUGCGGAGCUUGAAGCUCGCCAACUGCUCAGCGACGGUGGAGGAGGGUAAGGACACACCCGUGGCCCUCUUCCUCGAGACCCUCUCGCGUGAAAAAGGUCUUUCUAAACUUGAUGUCGCCAUGAACCGGAUCAACCAUCAGACGUUCUUGGUCAUUGAGGAUUCCCUGGACAGGCACCCGAACAUGCAGGAGCUCAACAUCUCCAACAAUGCGCUUGGCGUCCACGGCAUCCGCAGUGCUCUGCGGCUACUUGCCCGAGAUACAAACGAUAUCACUAAGAUUCAGCUGGAAGGGUGCUUCACCGGCGUGACGGGGACAGGCGGCGAGGGCAGCGAGGCGGUCUUCUCUGCGACGAGCCCAGGAGGUCGAUACACUCUCUUCCUGGAUCGAGCCUGCCACAGGUCGUUGCUCCGCAUGCUCUAUAGGAUCGUCGACAAGUUCGGCCUCUCCCCAGGCGAAGCGUUCAGCGGCGUCGCCUACACCCCGACGAACGCCUCCGGCAAAGCCACGGGCAAGCCGGGGCCAUUCAGCCACCCCGCCAAAGAGGUUGACGGCCUGCGCGCAGUUCCUGUGUCGGGCAAGCUCGAGCUAGUCCUCGACAUGCAGAGGUGCAUUGAGAAGGCCAUCUACGGUUUGGAAGACGAGGACUGCGACGGCUUUUUUACCCAGUACUUCGAGAUCGUACGCUACCAGCCUGGCUGGAAGAAGGCGAUACCCAUCUUCGCGAACCUCAAGAUGAUACAACAGAGCAUGCUGCAACAGCAGGUCUUCUUGGACUCCCUCGCCAAAGACUUCUGCCUGACGGUCCCAAUGCUGGCAACCAUAUGCGCCAGCAACCGCCUCUUUGCCAAGGACAUCGUCUGGCGCAUGAUGCCCUGCCUGCCAUACGACGCAGCCUCGAUGUUUUUGGGGCACAUGACCGUGCCCUCUUUCGGUGACUUCCUCUGGACGCACCAGCGCAUGCAGGCGCUGCUGAACUUCAACGCCGGGAACCCGACGGGCCACUACAAGCUGUACCUGGACAAUUGUUGCGACUACGCGGUGGCGGACCGUCUCUGCCUUCUUGACCGUUGGGAGUCGGCCAUUGACAGCCGCAGCCAGUAUUUUGACACCUCGAAGUGGGGCAACAAGUCGCACUUCCGCAACGAACUCCACCGCGGGCACCCGAUCAUCAAAGACGACAUCGCGUCAAUGGCGGAAUGGAGCAUUCCCGAGUCAGGCGAGCUGGAGUUUGACUACGCGACCAAUCGACGCCCGAAGACCAAGAAGGCGACUGUCAGCGACAGCCUAUGGGACCACGUGCUGGUCGCGCUCUACGACGCCCAGUCUACACUGGGAGGAUCCUCGCUGAUGCAGGUUGUGCGCCGCAUAUCUCACAACAUCAGCUUGACCUCCAUGCACAUGCGCAAGAUGCUGGGCUAUUUCAAACACGCAGAGGAACGCGCGGAGUGCUUCGUAGUUUUCUUCUUUCGGAUUGUCGAUGUAUGCAACGCCAAGAUGUUCAGCUGCCGUUUCUCCAAACAGGAGGAGAUUGUGAAGCUGCAGGAGCGCCUGGGCUACGCAUCCUUCUUCCCUUUCAUGCAGCCAGAGAACGCGCAUUUUAGUUUGGAUUUUUCCCAGAAUGAUCAAAGGGUGUGUGCAAAUCUGCUGGUCAACCUGGCAUGCAAGGAGAAGAGGGAGAACCUGCGGAAUCCUCAGUAUUAUCUUCCAGAUGGAUCAGUGGAUCCAGUCUUCCAGAAACAAGGGGUGCCGGCAAGGUGGCAAUUCUUGGACAAGAUGCCGACGCAGGGGAGGUUCGUGUGCCACUACGUGUGCGCCCCUGAGGACCGGAAGUACGAACCUCGCAGGAAAGCUGCGGAGACUUAUGGCCACUACACGGUCAGCACUGCCGAGGCGGAUGUGCAGUGGUGGACAGGCCUGCUGGAGGUGCCAGAGGAUAUCAGUUUCUUAGAAAUGCUGGAAGGCCUCGGGAAGAUUAGAUUCCGCAAGUUCGAGGGCAGAGACGAGCGAGACCGCGUCAUGUCCGUGUUCCGGUACCUGGACCCAGGCGGAGAGGGCACCAUCUCUCGCAAAGAGUGGGGCAUCCUCGGCCAACUGAAGAGAGAGUUCGAACUGACGGUCAGGGAGUUUGUGCAUUUUAUGGUGAUCGCCUUCGGCCAGGACCUCGAGCAGGUCUGGGAGAUCCUUGACCCAAUUGGGUCUGGUUCGCUCAACCUCGAGCAGUGGAACGCCGCGGUCGAGGACAUCGGCUUUUUCGGACCAGCUGAAAUUAUCUUUGCUCUCCUGGACAGCUCAGACGAUGGCGACAUAUCCUACGAUGAGUUUUCGAAACUGUGGGAGUACAUGCCUAUCAAAGUGGGCUCCAGCAGCGGCGAGGGUAUGUAG